AUGGUGUGUGGAAGAUUAGCAGGAGAUGCCAAUAUAAGAUGGAAGAGCCAGGGUUCUGGAGAUGGAAAUGGGCUCUGUUGGAAACCGGGGGGCAGCCCUGUAGAUUGGCUGUUAGUUAAAAUAGGAGAUUUUGUCUACAGGAAAACUCAUGAUCACGGUUUGGUCAUCAAUGAAGAGGUGAUAAACUGGCCUGUUAAAUUCAAAGAGAUUCCUAAAUCUGUGUGUAGUCACAGCUGUGUUCCUGGAUUUCAGAAAAUUCCCCAAGAAGGAAAACCUGUUUGCUGCUUUAUUUGUUUUUCUUGUCCAGAGUCAGAUAUUUCAAAUCAAACAAAUGCAAAGCAGUGUAUCCAGUGCCCAGCUCAAGAAUACUCAAACAGUGAGCGAACUCGCUGCCUCCCCAAGCGUGUGACUUUCCUGGCUUUUGAAGAUGCUUUGGGGACAGCCAUGACCUGCAUGGUUUUGUGCUUCUUUGUCCUCACUGCUGUAGUUUUGGGAGUCUUUGUCAAGUACCGAGACACACCCAUUGUCAAGGCCAACAACCAGGCUCUCAGCUUUAUUCUGCUCAUCUCCCUCCUGCCAUGCUUCCUCUGCUCCUUGCUCUUCAUUGACCAUCCUAACACAACCACCUUUGUUCUCCAACAAGUCACAUUUGGCCUUGUGUUCACUGUAGCUGUUUCCACCAUUCGGGCCAAAACAAUUACUGUUAUUCUGGCAUUCAAGGCUAUGAAACCUGGGAGAAAAGUUAGGUGCUUGCUGCUCUCAGGGGCUUCCAACUCUGUCAUUCCCAUUUGUUCCCUGAUCCAAAUAAUUAUCUGUGGAAUCUGGUUGGGAACUUCUCCCCCUUUUGUUGACAUAGAUUCACAUUCUGAGUCCCAAAACCUCAUCAGUGUGUGCAACAAGGGCUCAGUCAUUGCCUUCUACUGUGUCCUGGGCUACCUGGGUUUCUUGGCUCUGGGGAGCUUUACAGUGGCUUUCCAGGCCAGGUACCUGCCUGACACAUUCAAUGAAGCCAAGUCCCUCACAUUCAGCAUGCUGGUGUUCUGCAGUGUCUGGGUUACAUUUGUCCCUGUCUAUCACAGCACCAAGGGGAAAUUCAUGGUGGUUGUGGAGAUCUUUUCCAUUUUGGCCUCCAGUGUUGGGCUCCUAUGCUGCAUCUUUGCCCGCAAGUGCUACAUUAUUCUGUUAAGGCCUGAUAAGAACUCUUGGAAAGCUUUAAAAAACAGAAG